ACAUUCAAACAAGGUGUGAAUGUCAGAUAAGACUUGUUUAAAACAGAAGAAAGGAAAGACUUGGGAAGCUGAGCUGAGUAGAGGACCAAGUGAUGGCGGUCGGUCGUGUUCUCCAGUCUCAAGUAAUGAGUGAUCUGCUGACGUUCCGUGAGAAAGGCGUCAUCAUCGGUCUGCUGGAACCACACUGUAAGCUGCUCAAAACCACAGUAGCCCAGAUACUCCAGGCCAAAGAUUCUGGAGAUGAAAGCAGAAGUUGGCAUCGUUUGGACUGUGGUGUGGUUUGCCUCGUUGAGGACACGUCUGUGCAGUCCUACUUCCUGCGUCUCUACUGUGUCCAACGUGAAAAGUUAUUGUGGGAGCAGGAACUGUACAUUCCUUUCAAAUACACUGCGAGUCGUUCAUACUUCCACACUUUCCCCGGAGAAGCCCACCAGGUCGGUCUCAACUUUGCAAAUGAAAAUGAGGCAGAGGAGUUUCAGUUUGCUGUGGAGGGGGUUCAAGAACAGCUGGCAGCCAUGAUUAACAUGACAAACACUGGAGAGAAGAGCAUUUCGUCAAGCAAUCUACCUGUUUCAUGGAAAAAAGAUGUUGGGAAAUUGUAUAAGGAGCCAAUUUCUACCCCACGUGUUUCAGCCUCUCAGGGUUUGUUCUCAGAUCUGGAUCAUGGGAUGAGAAGGUUGUUAAUGGAGGCAGGACUCAGUGAGGAAGACCUGAAACACAAAGAUGUUCCUGAGGUGGUUGAUUGCAUCAUCAACCACUUUGGAGGCGUUAAAGCUGUGCAAAGGGAGCUAAGGAAGAGAGGCCCAGUGUGUCAAACUUUGCCGAGAGCUGCAGGGACGUCCAUCUCCAUGGCUUUGCACAAAGGUCCUUUGCCACCGGCUCCUGUAACCCAAAACUGUCAGCAGACACCAGAGAAUAUGACCACGACAGAUGAAGUUCUGGAUACCCCUACUGCUGGUUCAGCACCAGGAAGAAUGAGAAGAAGUGCGAGUUUUAAAGAUGUGGGAUUCACACCAGAACCACAAGGAAAUGAUCUCUUCCUGAAUGCAUUGAGAGAAGUAUUCAAACAGAAGCAGAUGUUCCAGCAAACCUCAAGAGAAUUUCCUAAUUAAGACUUAAAAAAAGAAAAAUAAUGAUGUAGGAAUUAAAUUAAGGGUAAAUAAAAAGAAGCUUUGCUGCAUUAAGAUAUCCAAGCAAUAUAUGAUGUCAUUUGAACUUGCAUUGUUCCUGCCAGGAGUCAUCAAUGCAUCAAUAAGAAAGACCUGGAUAUUAUGAAAAUCCUGAUGUUUUACAUUUAAGAAAUUACAAAAUGUUAUUCUGUGACCAAUCACAAGCAAUCCCUCAGAGUACACUCAGAAAAGUUUGACCAUUGUCUACUUAAAAAAAUGAAGGCAACAAAGGGACACUUAAUAUAACUAAAUAAUUUUAAUUAUCUCAACUUUGAUAAAGACCUAUUGAUUUAAUUAUGCAAAUUUAAACAAAAUUAUUAAUUACACACAAAAAAACCUGGUUGAAAUAUUUUGGAUUUACUAAUAAUAAGGCAAAUGUUUAGUAAAUCCGAAACAAAUAUACAUGGAAAACUGAUUAAUAUUUAUUAGGUAUCUGAAAUGAAGUAAUUUAUAUACACCAAAUAUCUGUGAAGAAUUGGUUUACCUUUACCAAUUAAUUGGGUGAAAGUAAUUUAUAUUUACUACUUAUGUGGAUGAAAUGAUUUCUAUUUACUAAAUAUCAGGAUACAAAUUAUUUAGAAUAAAUAAUUAAAAUACGUUACAUCAACUUAUAACUUGGAACAUUUUUACCUAAUUCAGCACAUUUAAAUUGUAAUUUUUAUUUAUUUUUACAUAAAUGAAUUGAUCAAAUUGGCCUAUAAUUGAUACCUCAAGACUUCAAAUCUAUUUAAUGUUAAUGAUUGUCACUUUGUUGCCAUAUUUUUUCAUGUCUAAUCUAUUCAAUACCAUGAGUUCUUUUUACUGAAUGGUAGCUAAUAAAUAAUCAUAUUAAGAACAACAGGUAAACAAGAGGUAAACAUUAAUUUUUUUUGUAUUUACAAAUUUACAAAGAACUUCUUUUUUCAAACACAAAGGCACCUGUUAUUUGAGGAAGGCUAAUUGCACAGGUAGAUUUCUCAACCAGUGAAACGACACAAGCGUAAAGACCCACAUUGAAUAUUGUCCAUUGUCAUAAUAAAGCUGUGGGUUGCUUUUGCAAGAACAUGAAAAACAUCAUCAUGAAAAAAAAGUGUGUUGUUUUGCCUCUGUGAAAGUGGACUGUGAUACGGUGCUCCAUAUCCUGGAGGCAAAGUAUUUAUGGUCCAUUAAGAAGCUCUGUGUUUUCAACAAACAAAUCUCACUGUCCUGGUUACAAUGCAGCAUUAUCAUGUACUCUGUAAUUCUGGAAUACUAAGCUACAAAUGAGUAUGGGUAACAUUAUUUCUGAACAAAACUUGAACACUUAAAUGCAGCACAUAAUAACUGAGCACUCCAGUGUAUUUUGGCUCCAUUUUUUUAAGCCAGUAACUUGCUCCUGAGGCUGUUGGGUUUUGUGGAAAGCUUUGAACAAUCAAGAUCUAGAAUACCUUAGCUCUUUGGGGUGGUCAAGAUUCACUGCAAAUGUCAAACCAAUGAGCAAUGCAAAAGCUCUUAGAAAAUUACCCAGAGCCAUCAGGACCUUUGUUCUAUCACGAUUCCGAUGUCCUUUGUACCCUCUGACUCUGGAUGCUGUAGAUUUUCAUCCUUUGUAAAGCAAGGUCCUGUGCCACAUGAUCUGCAUCUUAAUAUAACAAGAAUAAGUUGUUAUUUUAGACUGUACAGUUAAAGGAGAUGGUCCUAAAUAAAUAGAGAUUGAGAGGGAGAAAUAUGCAUCAGACUUUUUAAAGAGCUGAUGGGCAGAUUCCUCAAGGUACAACAUCAGACGUCGGAUGACAAUGUCUCUGGUUGUGAUUAUGUUAGGACUCCUAGGGGCCUAAAAAACAGAAAAAAAAAAUAUAUUUUAAAUAGUGAUGGAGCAGUUUUUAACACCAGGAGGCUUAGGCUUUAGGAAACCACUGUUAUUGUUACUUUAUAUUCCUAAAAAUGACUAGCUAUGGGCCCAGAAAGUCACUGCUGCUGGAAAAAAAGAAACUUUCAUAGCACCAAAUUUACAAAAAUGUUGAAAUGUUAUGUUUACCACAGGACAUACGAUGGGUGAGCUGGUAGGCGAGUUUUGUCACCUUUGGACAAACAAAGGUGGACAAAGCUUCCCUAUUUCUGUUUUUUUAUGACAAGAUAUUCUGUUGGUUGGACCUUUAAAUUUAAUCAGGCUAAUCAGGAGAUUGGGAGCAGGUGUGGAUAAAGGAGUCUUUUAGGGAUCUAUGGAAAAGGAGACUGAUACAGGAGGGCAAACAAGAAAAACACAAGAACUCAAAUACAGUCAAAACCAUGACACUUGUAUGUGUGGUGACUAUGCGUUGCUGAAGUAAUCAGACUUUUGCUUACAGUUAUUUGAGUAGAAAGAUGUUACUGUUACAACAAAUGUUUAAUGUACUCAGAAAAUGAUACCCGUUUAUCAAAUUAUUUCUUGAUUUGUAAAAAAAAUAAAUAAAUUGCGAUAAAAAUAUGACAACGAAUUGACAGCAUGUUUGGGAUAAAAACAUUGUACAUGUUGCACCAUGUUAAAAUGUUUUUAUUACACGUCUUAAGUCCCUUAAGUAGACAGUUGAUUUGUGGAGAAAAAAAAAAUGGCCAUUUCUAAUCCCGCUUGGCACAUGCAUCAAUUCACUGCAUCCUUUAAGUUUCACAAAUCAGAGAAAGGUUUCAAAAAUACCAAACCUGGUUUUAAUUAUUCUUCAAGUAGUUUAUAAUAAUCUAGUCCAAGUUAGAUGUGUCUAGGUGUUCCCCUGUGACUUCUGGAGGUUAUUAGGUGCUUAAUAUGACAGAGCACCUCACAGAAGCUAUUUUAACCCGUUGUACACUAGGGCAUGGACAAAAAUUAGGACUAGUCAACUUAAUUAAGCUGAGUCAACCCACAUCUGGACAUGUCCAAUGCACAAACACGGUUUAAAAAUAGAGAAUUUCCAUUGAGUAGAGUUAAUUCGUUUUUUGUCAUUGUUGACUUGAGUGAUAAAAUAUUAUUAAAUUCUACCCGGUGAUUCUUAGUUGAUAUUAUUUAAACAAAAAUUAAUAAAAAACAAUUGACAAAUACUUCAUCUUUGAUUAAAUUAACAUAAUAAUAGCCCAACCUGUACACACAGACAACUUUUUCAUGUAAAGGUUAACUUUGUUAAUAUUAAUUAAGCUCAGUCUCACUUUUUGGAGUGUCGCUUUUAGAUGGUUAUAUACUUGUAGAAGAUCAAUGGGGCUACUUAUACGCUUUUUAAUUAAGGUCAGUGCUAGUAAUUUUUCCAAGAUGAUCCAACAUUUACCUGUAAAGAAAUAAAUGAUCAUAUUUUACAUUCUCAAAAUAAAACGUGAUGAAACUGUCCACGAUUACUAAAGCUAGGCUCUGUUAUUGUCCUAAACCUGUGUGGGAGUGUCUCUUCCUAAUCUUAUAGCAGGAUAAGUCUUUGUGUACUUUUGUAUUUGGUGUGUGUCUAUGGGUGAUUCUAAACAGGGGCCAACAGGGGCCAGUCCCCUUGAUGGACUGGUUAUGACCCCUGUACUGCAAAAAUAACACUAAAUCAAUUUGUUAAGAUGAUGUGCUCUAACUGAAGAAAGCAUUACUGAAUGAUUUCUUGAAGCACCUUAAUCUUUUACUUUUACUGUUUAACAAUUGUUUUGAAAUUAAGGUGCAUAACUUUAAACUUUAGCUGCAGUAAGAUAUUAGUUUUCUUCUUUUAGAUCAGGGGUCUACAACCUUUGCUUUAUGACUCAUAUUUUGUGUGUUUUUUUUUGUUGUUUUGUUAUGUGCUCCCCAUGAUAAACACUGGCACACCCCACCCCCCUGGUAAUUAUGGCCUAGAACCGCAACUGUGUGUGUCCAGUGUCAACAAUUCUCUAAACCCAUCAUUUCAUACCUGUGCCAUGUCCCAUUUAAAAUGAAAAUUCACCCUUUGCAAAUCAACAUAUUGAAAGUAAAAAUGUAACUACUUUUGCACGAACGAUGAUUUAGCUGUUAAAUGGCCUAUACUUGUACAGCACUUUUUUGCUUCCCAGAUUUCAGGUAUUCAGUCACCCAUUUGUAAAUUUUUGUAUUUGUAAACAAAUUCACAUGCUGACAUAUUCAUCUUUGAAAUAGUUCAGGAAAAAGACACCUUUCACAACCACAUUGCUUUUUUGAACAUUGUAGUUUAAAAUGUCAGGUAAUGUAAAUGCAGUGGAACCCAAUAAACAAAAAAUGUUGCAACAGU